AUUUUUAGUUGUAGGGCAUUGAAGAAAUGUUGGAGCAUAGUCAAGGAACCACUCCUUCAUAUACUUUUAGCAAUAUGGAAAACCGGAUUAUGGUGAUAUGUUUGACGCCCAAGAGGGGUUUUUUCAUGGACUCACCACCUCUAUUAGCAAUGGCUUCAAUGGUGUCAAUUCUGGUUGGAGCAGUGCUUCUAGUGAUCUCAUUUCAGAUAUGUACAGUCAAGCUGAGCAAAUAUCCACUGUAAAUUCUACUCGACAACCCACUGCAAAUGAAUUUAGUUCAACUCAGUUGGGCCUGAAUUUAGAUUUAGUAAUGGUGAUGAUGAUUUGGAUGAAAAUGACUGGGAAUUCAAGGAUGCCUUCUCAGAAGACACAGUUGGAAAUGGGAAUCCUGAAUUUGAGAUUGUAGAUGCACAUCAAAACUUUUCUGCUGAACUAAAGCUAAAGAAUUUUGUAGGUUUCUACUCUAGAUUGAAAGACGAAGCAUGAUUUUUCAUAAUUGACCAUCUUGAUGAUCUCAAGCCAAUGGAGAUAUAUGUGGAUGAUGAGGCUAAGUUGACCCUGCAUGGUCUCGUACAGCACUGCAUUAAACUGAGCGAGUUAGAGAAAAACUGCAAGUUGAAUGACCUCCUAGAUGCAUCAGAUUUUAAUCAAGUCGUCAUUUUCGUUAAAAGUGUGAGCAGAGCAGCUGAGCUGAACAAGCUACUCGUGGAGUGUAAUUUCCCAUCUAUCUGCAUCCAUUCUGGAAUGUCCCAGGAGGAAAGGUUGGUAAACGUCUUUGGGCUGCACAUUGAUUUGCUUGCAAGUGCUCUAUUUUGUACCUACACAGGUCCUUACACUUUCUCUGAUUUGGAAGGUUAACACUUUUUUCAGUUG